ACGACUUCGAGCACACAGUCCACGCAUUGAACCCGUCACAAUGGCUGAAUGUCCGAUCAAGCACUCCAACGUCGGCGGCGGCGGUCAGCGCAACCGCGACUGGUGGCCCAAUGACCUGAGACUGGGCAUCCUCCGUCAACACACCUCGACUACCAACCCGCUGAAGGACUUCGACUAUGCCGCCGCCUUCAAGAGCCUCGACUAUGAGGGGUUGAAGAAGGACCUGCACGCUCUGAUGACCGACUCGCAGGAUUGGUGGCCUGCCGACUUUGGACACUACGGCGGCCUCUUUGUCCGAAUGGCAUGGCACGGCGCGGGCACGUACCGUGUCUUCGACGGCCGUGGAGGCGGUGGAGAGGGUCAACAACGAUUCGCUCCCCUCAACAGCUGGCCUGACAAUGUCUCUCUCGACAAGGCGCGCCGUCUGCUGUGGCCCAUCAAGCAAAAGUACGGCAACAAGAUCUCCUGGGCGGAUCUCUUCCUCCUCACCGGCAACGUGGCAAUCGAGUCCAUGGGCGGCAAGACCUUUGGAUUCGCAGGUGGACGUGCUGAUACCUGGGAGGCUGAUGAGUCUGUCUACUGGGGUGGCGAGACUACAUGGCUGGGCAACGACGUUCGCUACUCAGAUGGCAAGGCAGGCCUUGAGGGCCAUGGUGUAGUCGAUGGCGAUGAGUCCAAGAAGUCACACUCUGAUAUCCACAGCCGCGAUUUGGAGGAGCCGGUCGCAGCUGCACACAUGGGUUUGAUCUAUGUCAAUCCCGAAGGUCCCGACGGCAAGCCCGAUCCGGUCGCUUCGGCACGGGACAUCCGAACUACCUUUGGCCGUAUGGCGAUGAACGAUGAGGAGACUGUUGCAUUGAUUGCUGGCGGUCACUCCUUUGGUAAGACACACGGCGCUGCUUCUGCUGAUAAUGUCGGUGUGGAACCAGAGGCUGCUAGCAUCGAGGCACAGGGCUUUGGCUGGCACAACAAGUACAAUUCUGGCAAGGGUCCCGAUACCAUCACCAGUGGUUUGGAAGUCAUCUGGACCAAAACACCUACGAAGUGGAGCAAUGAUUUUCUCGAGUACCUCUUCAAGUAUGAGUGGGAGCUCACCAAGAGUCCGGCUGGUGCAAACCAAUGGGUUGCCAAGAACGCUGAGCCGUUCAUCCCCGAUGCAUUCGACCCCAACAAGAAGCACUUGCCAAGAAUGUUAACCUCCGAUCUUGCGCUCCGCUUCGACCCUGCGUACGAGAAGAUCUGCCGCAGCAUGCUCGAGGAUCCGCAAAAACUUACUGACGCCUUCGCACGUGCCUGGUUCAAGCUGCUUCACCGUGACAUGGGCCCAAGAUCUCGCUGGCUCGGUCCCGAAAUCCCCAAGGAGGUCUUAAUCUGGGAGGACCCAGUUCCAGCGGCCAACCACCCGUUGAUCGAUGAGCACGACAUUUCUGCCCUGAAGAAGGAGAUCCUGGCAUCUGGUGUCCCAGCUGAAGCACUCAUCUCUACUGCCUGGGCUUCUGCCUCCACUUUCCGUGGCGGUGACAAGCGUGGCGGUGCCAAUGGUGCCCGCAUCCGCCUUGCUCCUCAAAAGGACUGGAAGGUCAACAACCCGCCUCAAUUGAGCAAGGUCUUGAGCCAAUUGGAGAACCUGCAGAACAAGUUCAACAGCUCCGCAUCUGGAGGCAAGAAGGUUUCGCUCGCGGACCUCAUCGUUCUGGCUGGUUCCGCCGCUCUCGAGAAGGCAGCAGGUGUUUCCGUCCCAUUCACACCGGGCCGCACCGAUGCUUCCCAAGAGCAAACCGAUGUUGAGUCCUUCACCCACCUCGAGCCACUCACCGACGGAUUCCGCAACUACGGCAAAUCAACCCCGCGUGUCAAGACCGAGCAAUUCCUUGUUGACCGCGCCCACCUCCUCACUCUCUCCGCCCCGGAACUAGCCGUCCUGAUCGGUGGUCUCCGCGUCCUCAACACCAACUUCGACGGCUCCUCCCACGGCGUCUUCACCAAGACCCCCGGCAAGCUCACCAACGACUUCUUCGUCAACCUACUCGACAUGAGCACCGCCUGGAAGGCAACCGACUCGUCCCAGGACCUCUUCGAGGGCGUCGACCGCAAGACCGGUGCCAAGAAGUGGACUGCUACCCGUGCUGACCUGGUUUUCGGCUCCCACGCUGAGUUGCGUGCUCUAUCUGAGGCUUACGCUUCUUCAGAUGCAAAGGAGAAGUUUGUGAAGGACUUUGUGGCGGCUUGGGACAAGGUGAUGAAUCUGGACCGGUUUGAUGUGAAGGCGCAAAGUGCCGGUAAGGCGAGGCUUUGAGUGGCUGGCUGAGUGUGGAAAAAGGAGAGAUUACUAAAAUUGAUGAUGCU